ACUGAGUGAUAGAAGAAUAUUUGUGUUUGUUUGUGGAUGACUUCUCUUUGCUCUUAAACUUUUAGUUACCGUGACAAUCCGCAACCCCAGCUUACCGGAACCCUUGCUGCAAAAGGAAAAGGACAUGCCACUACAUUAUAUUAGAUCAUUGAGAAGCCCCUCAGUCACCAAGCAGGUACUUGGAGUGGGGGAAUGGCGAAAUUUUUCUGCUGGGGGAAAAAGAAGGGCUCUAAAGGUGGUGGGGCUGCCGAUGCUCCAAAGGAAUCCACUCUCAGUAAAGAGGUCAAAUCCACUGCAGUUUUUGGUGCCAAUAUUCUCAAGGAAGGGUCAGACCCGAAAAUAUUGCCAGACUCUGAAUACCCUGAUUGGUUAUUCCAUCUGCUUGAUAAGUGCCCGGCACUAAGUGAGCUAAGAAGGAAAGACCUGAAAACCUUACUUUACGAAGACCUAAAGCGAUUUGUCAAACUGGACAAUCGAGUAAGGAUCAAAGAGAAUAAUUCCCUCACGGCCAAGAACUAAUACGACUAUUCAGGGUUUAUCGUGCUGAAUAGUUAUUUUCAUGAACUAAAUUUACUUGUUUUGGGGAUGAACAAAGGAGAUGUGCAGGAAUUGAGUGUUUACAAGAUUGUUGGAGGCUUGUGCUGGUUAGUAAACCACUGAUCUUGCCGUUCUCAUUGUAAUAGCAUAUAAGUUUCUUCUCUGGAACAAUAAGCCGGGAAGAAAAUUGAUUUUUUCGGUAUCCAUUGAUUUCUGAAUCUGGUGUAAUGCUUGUGGUUUUUGUGGGCUGUGAAGCAACCCUCACAAUGUUGCAUCUUUAUCAAUUAUCAUCAUUAGUUGUAAAUAUACAGGGCUGUGAAAUGGUGGCAAGACAGCACCGGCCGGGUGUUCCCUGGUAAGCAG